GGGAGGCACCAAAUAUGAACGGCGGCUGUGGUCGCGCUGAGCAGGAGCUGCGGGGAGCGAGAGAGAGGAGUGUUACUGCUGCAUCAAAGCAGGACAGUGAGACGUGUCCCUGGUUCACCAGCUGUAGGGACCCUAACUAGGAGCCAUGGAGAGCGCAGGCUGGGUUCAGAAACACAUCCAUCACCAAACCUGCCCCCUCUCACACACACUCUCACAAACACUCUCACACGGUGAGGACACGAGGACGUGUGGACAGGAGCGUGUAAACUUCAGCAGGACUGACACGCCGAAGGAGAACAUGUCCAGCUCCCAGAGACAGGGGAGAGACAGACACUACCUGUCUCACCCUCAGUGGUGUGAGACUCCCAAACUGACCAAGAAGGACCUGUCUCUGCGCAGACGCCUCCUCGCAUCCAAAUCCGUGACCGAGGUGAAGACAAGCAUCUCCAGGACGCCGAGUUGCGGGGACGUGUACACACACAGCGAGUCGGACUCUCCGGAUGUCCUCCUGAGCGGCCCGCUCUCCUACAGCACGCUGAGGUCCGACACAGUGAGUGUGGCCUCCAUGAAGCGCCGUCUGGUGUUCUCUCAGGCUGUGACGUCCACACUGGAGGAUGAGAAGGACGGGGCGAGCCCCCCUCUGUCCGAGCCCGAUUUGGACGAGAGCAUCAUCUCGGGGCUGUUGCCGUCGGAGACGCCGGAGAUGCUGCGGGGACGAGACGGCUUCCAGACUCCUGUUACUCGUCUGGCUGCCAAUCUGUCUGAGAGCCUGAGCGUGCUGAGCACUCCUUCACACACGCCUCUCUCCGGACUGGACACAUCCGAGGACAGCGGCUUCGGCUCACUGCGAUUGGACGGUUUGGAGGAUGCCGGUAACGACGGCUCGUUCCAGGAGGGGGCGUCACGGGUCGCGCUCGGCCGAGACCACCGCCGCUCCAGACUCGAACACCAACGCAGACUGUCCACGCUCAGGGAGGGCUCCCAGUCAGACGACGAGGUCAAAGGUCGGUGCAUGAAUGGGCGGGGCCUAAAGCUGGAGGAAGAGGUGUUUGUAGAGACUCCGCCCCUCAGGGCAACACAACCCGACCUGUCACUCACUCCUGCACUGCAGGCCAUGGAGGCCCUCAGUCGCUCGUUCACACUCUCACAGGACACUGACCAGCCAAUCACAACACGCCUGCCGCUCUCGCACCUGAUUGGCCGGAAGAUGGGUUCAGGCAAGAUGGAUGUUCUUGCAGAGCUCCACGUGAGGAACCUGCACCAUGUCCUGUCCUCCAUCCUGCAGCUGCUCUCUGCCAGAGACAUACACACGUGUACUCGGGUGUGUGACUCCUGGAGUGACAUAAUCCUGCAGGACAGGAAAGCCAAUCGCAGAAGGAGGACGUACGAACGAGAGCAGAAACACACACUGGAGAUGGGCGGAGCUGCUCGUGUGGUGGAUGCAGAGACGCGGUUAGCGCUAGCAUGUCGCUUGGCUCUGGGCAGUGUUCAGGCUCAAGCUAAAACUCCCAACACUCUCACACACACGCCUGCAGCCAGCGGUGCCCUCACACACACGCCUGCAGCCAGCGGUGCCCUCACACACACGCCUGCAGCCAGCGGUGCCCUCACACACACGCCUGCAGCCAGCGGUGCCCUCACACACACGCCUGCAGCCAGCGGUGCUCUCUCACACACUCCACCCUCCACCAAACGCCAACAGUUCCUGCAGGUUGCGAAGACGCUGUUCAGUGACGAGUGUUUGCGUCCGUGUCCCCGGUGUGAACGUCCUGCUCGCUGUCACUCUGUAAAGGCUGAAGGUGUGUGUAGCUGGAGUGAGUGUGUGUUCCAUUUCUGCACUUCCUGUCUGCGGGCCUAUCACGGCUCAGCUGACUGCACACGCCUUCCCAACAUGCACAUACGCAGGAAGGGGCGGAGCCAGCUGUUACCAGGCAGUGCACAGAGCAAACGCAAUAUCAAGAGACUGUGACCACACACACACACACACCCACAAGAGGAGAUCCAACAUGUUCAUGAUAGAGACACUGUGUGUGUACGUGCUCUUGGGCUGCUAAAGUGGGUUCUCACAGGCUGCUAAAAUGUGUAAGUGUGUGUGUGAGAUUGUAAAUGAACUCAGUGACUACAUUUUAUGUACAGUACACAUCGUAUCUAAAAUGUGUGUCCUUAAGUUAUGAUGAUCAAUGUGUGUGUGUGUGUGAGCGAUGUACUUGCCUGCUGUUUUUUU